AUUGUUAAAUGGGUUUAAACUUAGCCUUGUAACAAAAAAAUAAGCUUUUUGAAAUUAGAUACUUUUUCACACUUCUGUUUCCAGUCACAUCCAUAUUUUGGAGAAGUCACUUCUUGUCAAAGUCAAAGUCACUGUCACCACACCAGGGUGUUGAGUAUGCAUUGCUUAGGGAUUUAAUGAUUUAAUGUGAAGCAUAAAGGUGAAUAUGGGAAAUUCUAGAAGAUUUAAAGUGUUUGUUACACGGGUGUCACCAUGGGUUCUUAUGGGUUAAGUUUGCUCUUAAAAAUAUGAAAAUGGACAGUUUUUCCCCCCCCAUUUUGGUCUGUUGCUUAACACAUGGCCAUUGGGGGGCAGCAGUGUGCCACCUAGACGCAGCGUGGUCUGGCAGAAUUAAAGACGGCGAAGAAGAAUAAAAUUACGUACUUCCUGUAGCCCAGCCGCCACCGCCGGGUCAUGUUGGUGUUCUCAGAGAAGAAAGGAAUCAAACUUUAGCUGACAGGCAAGAUUAAAGCGCUUGAGCCAACACGGGAACAAAGCGACAGCGAAGUGCCGAGUGACUCGUUAACCUUUAUUCACGUAACUUGAGAGAAAAGCUCAUUGGGUUUUCAGGUCGCGUUGCCUCAGAAGAUACCGCUAUGGCCAAGGUACAAGUGUUAAAUGUUGCUGUGCUGGACAACCCGAGCCCAUUUGGAAAUCCGUUUCAGUUUGAAAUAACGUUUGAAUGCAUGGAGGAUUUGCCGGAAGAUCUGGAGUGGAAGAUCAUCUAUGUGGGUUCAGCUGAGAGCGAAGAAUACGACCAGGUUCUGGACUCUGUUCUAGUUGGCCCUGUACCAGCUGGCAGACACAUGUUUGUGUUUCAGGCUGAUGCUCCUAACACAGGGCUGAUUCCAGAGAGUGAUGCCGUAGGAGUGACUGUAGUCCUUAUAACCUGCACCUACCGUGGACAGGAGUUCAUCCGCAUCGGUUACUAUGUCAACAAUGAAUACACGGACCCUGAACUACGGGAAAACCCACCUCUUAAACCAGACUACACUAAGCUCCUGAGGAAUAUUUUGGCCUCCAAUCCCCGUGUCACUCGCUUCCACAUCAACUGGGACGGCUCAGCAGACAAGAUGGAGGACAGCGAAAAUGUUGACCCGUCCCCCAACAUCAGCGGAAUGCUCCCACCAUCCUGUAUACCAGGAAAGAUGCCCCCUCUUGGACUGAUGCCGGACAACUCAAUGGACUGCAUGUAAGAAUCAUCGGAUUAAGAUAAUGGAUAAGAAGCUCUUAUUAUCUGUACACUCACCCACACCGCAAACACACAAUUGGACAAGGAGGCCAUGGAUAUAACACAUGGACAUAAAAAGGCAGCAGGGAUGUGGCAGCAGUGACAUCAUGUCUAUACAGCAUACACAAAUGACAUGGAUCUGGAAUUUUUCCAAACCAUUUUGUCUCUUGUCACAGUUUUUCAACACACGCAUACCUGAACAACCAACAUUGCCUUAUUUUACCAUAUCUCUGUCUCGGGUAAUGUCAAAACUGAGCCAGAGAAAGUUUGAGUCAUCAGGGCGGAGUUCUACAGACCACCACAUCCUCACAGCCCUGAGACUGGCAAGUCAUACUGGUACACUGAUGUUGACCUGUUUGGUACCCAUAUUGUGCUGUUCAUUUUGUCCUCUUGAGCACAGAUCAGUUCUAUGGGCAGUGCUACGUAUGUCAGAAUAGAAGGCACCAGCUGCUUAUAACAAAGCAUUUCAUUGUUCUUAAGGUUUGUCUCUUCUGAUGUAAAUUUGUAGGAUCUAGAUUACCUGUGGAAAAAGAUAUUGGGUUUGAAAUAAAGAACCAUGUUCUGAAGGCCUGUUGCAAGAGGUAGCAUUUUAUGCUGUUUAUUUGAUAGCUAAAGCUUAAAUUACAGAUAACUUUGCCUCUUCAGACAGGCAUCAGUACAGAUGAUGUUCUUUAAAAUAUUACAUAAAAUGUCUGUUAUUAUACACAAAACAUUAGGUGGUUCUGCAGGUCUAGGCUUACUGUAAAUAAUGUUUUCCCAGCGCUUAUUUUGUCUUCAAGAUAAGAAGGCAUGUUUUCUUUUUGUACUUAACUAUAUAUUCUCUGUCUCAGUAUUUGUAAUAGUGGCGGAUUUAAUAAAGUUUGUUUUGUGGA